ACACGCAAAUCGAACAUGACCAACGAAAACCUAAAAAGACCAGGGAAGUGAAUAAAUGACAAAGUUGCAGCUGCUGUAUCCUCUAGGGUUGGGUCUGGGUGGGCCUUUCUGCUUUAUCAAUUUUUGUAGGAGAGGCUUCCAAACGAUCCCGUUGUCCGGGGGCGCCUCCCCUGCCAAGAUGUCAACGGAGUUCUAUUCGUUCGGGCCAUAUAAGAUAGACCCCAAGGAAGUCUUCUACUCCACCCCCCUUUCCUAUGCCAUGGUCAACCUCCGUCCUGUUGUUCCUGGUCAUGUACUUGUCUGCCCAAGGCGUGAAGUUAAGCGAUUUGCUGAUCUCACUGUUGAAGAGACCCAAGAUUUAUGGCUAACAGCUCAGAAGAUUGGUGGAAGACUUGAGUGCUUCCAUAAGGCGUCAUCACUCACUUUUACCAUCCAAGAUGGGCCAAAGGCAGGGCAGACAGUUCCCCAUGUUCACAUUCAUAUACUUCCAAGGAAAGAUGGUGACUUUGAGAGGAAUGAUGAAAUUUAUGAUGAAAUGUGAAAGAGAACGAACUGAAGGAAAAGCUCAACUUAGAUAAAGAAAGGAAGGACAGAAGCCUGGAAGAGAUGUGUAAAGAAGCUGAGGAAUACAGGUCUCUUUUCAUCUAGCAAUCUUAAGCCUGACUGUUGUGUUGCAUAUGUACCAACUGCAGUUUUCAUUCACGUGCCUGGAUGAAGAAUAUUAUGUAGUUAGUUUAUAUUCAGUAUGUAAUUACUGUGGUCAUCAUUUAUGUGAUGAAAUAACCAAACAUUGUGUGAAACAGUGAAAGUGGUGUAAGUGGAGGAAAAGGGAAAAACAAAGGAAAGCCUGAAAGGGAAGUGCUUCAAUGAAUUAUAUUUUGCUUUGUUUGCAUGAA